AUGGAGACAAUGGAAAAAACUCUGCCUGAGAUCAGUUCGCCAACGGACCUUGAAAAGGGGACUGAUCCCAAUAUUGCAUCAUCGGCUUCCUCUAAUCGCGAUUACGACGAUGGCCUCCAAAUUACAUGCGCCUCACCGGGACUAUCUCGCACGCCGUCUGCUGCAAAUCCGAUCGGUAACGACGGGGUGUUAGGAAAGACGCUUUCGCUUAUACGGACAAAAGACUCUGGAAUUGACCCCGGCCCUCCACCUGAUGGAGGCUUUAAUGCCUGGUUCCAAACUUGUUUGAGCCAUUUGGUGAUGUGCAAUACAUGGGGCUAUCUCAACAGCUUCGGUGUGUUCCAAUCACACUACAUGACAUCCCUGCAACGGUCGCCAUCAGAUAUAUCCUGGGUAGGCAGCAUUCAAAUCUUCCUUCUCUUCUUCAUCGGGACCUUCUCCGGCCGUGCAACAGACGCCGGUUAUUUCAAGGUUGUAUGGACGAUGGGCGCUAUACUUCUGAUUUUGGGGAUCUUCAUGACUUCGCUAGCCACAACAUAUUGGCAUCUUUUCCUUUCCCAAGGACUGUGCAUGGGCAUCGGCUGCGGACUGCUCUUCUGCCCUACAAUAGCAUUAAUUCCCACGUAUUUUUCUUCCAAGCGAGCAAUCGCUCUGGCAAUCAGUGCUGCUGGCUCUGCAACUGGAGGUAUUAUUUUCCCCGCAAUCGUACAGUCGCUGCUCCCCCGCAUCGGAUAUCCCUGGACAAUGCGGGUUUUGGGUUUCUUCAGCCUUUCCACGUUGACUCCCUGCUUCAUUUUCCUGCGACAACGACUCCCUCCCCGCAAAAGCGGGCCAUUUUUCGACUGGCCUGCCUUUAAGGAGAGGAAAUACUCUCUGUUUGCAAUUGCUAUGUUCCUUAAUUUCUGGGGUCUCUAUGUUGCUUUUUUCUAUCUCAGCAGUUUUGGCCGCGACAUCACCGGCCUUUCACGAAAUAGGUCGAUAGAUCUUUUGCUAAUUCUGAACGGCGUCGGAUUCAUCGGCCGGCUGGUGCCGAGUUUCAUGUCGGAUUACUAUUCGGGCCCAUUCAAUGCCUUUAUCCCAUGUUCCUUUCUCUCAAGUAUUCUAUUAUUCGGCUGGGCAGGGAUCCAUGAUGUCAACGGGCUCAGGAAUUCAAUCGUUGUUUCCUGCAUGCUUGUCGGCCCUGUCUCCUGA